GUCUUUUUCCUGAGAAACAUGAAGCUGUUAGAAGCUUGUUUGUUCAGUUUGCCUUCUGCUCUCGUAUCCGCCAAUCAUUCGCCAAUUGUUUAUGCAAACAAGAUAAGCCCCACAACUCUCCCGCCCCUAAACUUAUAAAGAUCCAAGACAUCCUGACCACUUUAAUAAACGUCGUCUGCAUCGGAACGGCUAAUUCAGACUCAAUAAUGUACGGAAAACUCACGAUAUUCUUGGUGGCACUGGCGGCAUGUUCUGCCCAGUUUAUUCCAAUCAAACCCCUGCCGACAAAAUUGAGCCUCAAAACAACCACCACCCAGAAAGCCAAAGUGACGACGACAAAACCUCCCCAGCCCGCUCCUAACAGUGGGAACACUCAGAACAGUGGGACAUGUACUUACCAAUUCCAUGUAGCAGAUCCAAAAGGUGCGUGUGCUGGAACUUCCUCAGCUUUGGAUAAGAAAGUGGAUCAAGUGAAACAGGAUCUAGAUAAGACAAAGUUCCAAUAUGUGUCUCAGAACAGCAUCAUCCAGAGCACGCUAGCACGUAUUCAGAGUGAUGGUGCUAGUUAUAUGAGCAAGUUGAAUGAUUUGAAUAAUGAAGUCCAGAAACUAAAGCAGUUGGCGGCCACUGCGUCCACCGGAAGCGGAGGAUCUUCUGGAAAUUCUGCGGUGCUCAAUCAGAUGUUACACGACACCAAAGAUUUACUUACAAAAGCCAUCAGCGACAUUAACGGUAAAAUUUUCAACGUUACUAUGCAAUUGCAAAAGAGUGCUGUUGAAGAAAUGAAGAUUCAGACAGCUUUAAAUAAACAGAUCAACGACCAGACGACUAAGAUAGCUGCUGCAGAACUAAAGCUUAUUACACUUGAGAAUAUGCUGAAGAAUAUGCAGUCGGGAUCCACACCUGUCGCCACAAUGCCACCGGCGACAACAACCACCCAAGGCACGCGCAGCACAACAACUGGUGCUGCAAGUACCACAGGACCGGCGCCAACAGCGCCCACGGCUCUUCUAAACCAACUCAAGUCUCAACUCCAGAAACUCGAAUUAGAGGUGAAACAAGUAGAACAGUCCCACUCUAAACAGAUCACAGAUCUGACACACAAAGCAGACCAAAUCAAGACUGAAGUAACAAACCAGACACAAGAGAUCGCCAAUGCUAAAACCACAUCACAGGCGGCAUUCUCUAGGCUUAAAGUCACUGAACAGGAGGUCAAAGACGCCAUCAACAAUCUCACCCAGUUCCAGAAGGACGUCACGCCAAAAAUGACUAUUCUCCAACAGGAGAUUUUGGAGACGAGCAAGAACGUCACUACAGUGAUCAGCAAUCUUCAGCAGCUCGGUGGAAACAUUAUCAAAGACAAAAUACAGAUCAUAAAGAACAAAAACGAUAUAAAGAAACUCAUUCCGGAGGCCCUCAAAGUCGAACAAGAUCUGCAGAAACUCAACGGCACGAUAACACAACAAGCUGGAGAACUGCUGCAAUUGGAACAGGAUGUCCACGCUCUAAAAGGAAACUUCACCACCGCAAACGGAAAGACGGCCUUGCAGUAUGUGGACGCCAUUAAGACAGACAUGAACACGAAGAUGUCCAGUUUGAACACGACUCUCAGCUCGGCCACUUCGGACAUCAUGACCCUCAUGGGUCAAGCAGCCCGGCUCAGUCAACUUUGUGGAUAGUCACGUGACUUCUGGUUCUUGAGUGUCGUCAUUAACACAUCAAACAAUAAGAUGUCAUUGUAACGUUGUACAUUGUGAUAUUACGUCAUGUCCUUUUGUCUGUAUAUUAUGAGAAUCGUGGCUUGAUUACACUUGUUAUAUAC